UAACGCGACCAAUCAGAAUCAUUUAUAGUUUGCGAUCAGUGCAGUUGAUAAAUGGAGGAAUUGUGUUUGUCAAGGUAGUUUUGUUUACGCGUAAAUUUUCAUUCAGUAUCAACUCAUCGUGUGUUUUGUGUGUGCUAAGAGGUAGAUGAAGGUGCGUAACAGUUUCCUUCGGGUUUCGUAUUCUGUUUGAAAGGAUUUAAGAUGUCCCGCAAUCAUAAGGACAAAUAUGAAAACUCCAACCAAGUCCUACCCAUACUCCCUCGUCGUGCUCAUACUUUCAUGUCCACAGAGGAUGCAAACUCUGGGAAGAAAUCUUAUUGGCCGGAGUUGGAGAUAACAGGCAGUAUAAGAAAUUUAAGCCCAAAUUUAUGGCAGUUGACGCAUUUGACAGCCUUGUAUCUCAAUGAUAACAGUUUGCAAAGGAUACCAUCUGAGAUUGGUCGUUUAGUCAACUUACGUGCUUUAGAUCUCAGUAGCAAUAAAUUACGUAGUUUACCAGCUGAACUGGGAGACCUCAUCUACCUUAGAGAAUUAUUGUUGAACCAAAAUUACCUCCGUGUGUUACCAUAUGAACUAGGAAAGUUAUUCCAGUUACAAGUGCUUGGACUUCAGGGAAAUCCACUCAGCAAAGAAGUUAUGGCAUUGUAUGGAGAACCAUCUGGAACCCACAAGCUGCUGUCUUAUAUGCUGGACAACUUACAAGUUACUGCAAAUCAUCCACCUCAGAGACCAUGGAUACCUUUGACGAGACCGAACAGGACGAGACCGACAUGUAUAUUCACGGUAAUGUGUUACAACGUGCUGUGCGACAAGUACGCGACGCGGCAAAUGUACGGUUAUUGUCCGAGCUGGGCGCUCGAUUGGGAAUAUCGGAAAAAGGGAAUCCUCGAUGAGAUACGACAUUACGCGGCGGACAUCAUCAGCCUGCAGGAGGUCGAGACGGACCAAUUCUACAACUUCUUCCUGCCGGAGCUGAAGCAGGAUGGUUACGAUGGAAUUUUUUCGCCGAAAUCCCGGGCGAAGACGAUGGCUGAGAACGAUCGAAAAUACGUGGAUGGCUGCGCUAUUUUUUAUAGGACGGCAAAGUUUACUCUGAUCAAGGAGCAUUUAGUCGAAUUCAAUCAACUGGCUAUGGCGAACGCGGAGGGCUCGGAUAAUAUGCUGAACAGAGUGAUGCCAAAGGAUAAUAUCGGAUUGGCUGCUUUGCUUAGGACGAAGGAGGCUGCUUGGGACAAUGGCCUUCCAUCUGAUCCAGCACAGGUUCAACAACCAAUUUUAGUUUGCACAGCGCAUAUUCAUUGGGAUCCAGAAUUUUGCGAUGUGAAAUUAAUACAAACAAUGAUGCUCAGCAAUGAAUUACGUUCCAUUUUGGACCAAGCUGGCCAGUCUUUUAGACCUGGCCAUAAACCUGACUCUUCCAAUGUUCAGUUAUUACUUUGUGGUGACUUCAAUUCCCUACCUGAUUCUGGUGUAAUUGAAUUUCUUACAUCGGGACGAGUAGCGGCCGAUCACCGCGAUUUUAAAGACUUAGCUUAUAAAUCAUGCUUACAAAAGAUCUCUGGUUGCGAUAAACCUAAUGAAUUUACUCAUUCUUUUAAACUUGCAUCUGCGUAUAGUGAAGACAUCAUGCCCUAUACUAACUAUACAUUCGAAUUCAAAGGCAUAAUAGAUUACAUUUUCUAUUCGAAACAAAGUAUGGUACCAUUAGGACUUUUGGGUCCUCUAAGUGCAGAUUGGUUCAAAGAUCAUAAGGUGGUUGGAUGUCCGCAUCCACAUGUUCCAUCCGAUCAUUUUCCUCUGUUAGUGGAACUUGAAAUGACACCAACAGUAGGAACAAGCAAUGGACUGAUCUCACGCAGGUAGCAGCUGCUGCGAUCUAGGCCCAAGUAACUAUAAGGGAAUAAUAAAUGAUAAUAAAAAUGAAAUCCCCAUCACAUUUUCUCUUACUUCUGGCUCUAGCAAUAUCACUCGCAGUCGACAACUAUUUCAAUAGCAAAUGUUAUAAAUACUCCAUAUUACCGCACAUUCAAACAAAAGCUAUCAAAUAUCGAUGAAUAAUUCUAAUGACCAGGUGAAGGGAGCUGUGUUGUAAUGCGUUUAGCCCAUGUAUAGUGUAUUGCAUUUUUAAGAAUUAACUUUCCCCCAUAUUAAGAGUAUUUUAACUUCUACUACCAUCGUAAUAUGUAGAUACCUAUUUUCCUACAAAAAGAUAUUCCGAUCAAGCCUCUGUGAUAUUGACAUUAACAAUUGGAACAACUUCACAUAUUUAUCAAGAAAUUAGUGUCUACUAGAAAAAAAAAAAAAA